AUGGCCCCAAACUCUACAAAUUAUUUCUUGUCCCACUCCCCCCUCUACAUCUCCUCAUCCCAUAACCCGUCAUUACAUCCUGAAAUCAUUUAUGAGAUGAUGUCAAAAAAGGAAUUUUACACCAAAAUCACCCCCCUCCCCCCAAAUAUACCCCGCCAACUAGCCCUAGACAUCCUGCACAGCCACAGCGAAAUAAUCACUCUCAAUCCCCUAGUCCUCUCGCACAACCCAAUCAAAGCCCCGCGCAAUGCCUCAGCAGAUGAAUACUACUCAACAUGGUACGAGAUAUUUCAACGCGUACAAUACCUUCCUGGCUUUGGAAAGAUGGGCUCGGGGAAAAUAAGCUUCAAGGGCUGUUUCGAGAAUCAUCCCUGGGGUGUGAAAGCACAUACAUACCCUCCAAUGGGGAUUGACUUGCUCAGCAACUUCCGCGUCGAGGGAACUCAGCUCAACGAAGUGGACGGACCAGAUUCAAAAUCCAGGCCAGAUCUCGAACAACGCAUUCCAGGCGCACCGGCAAACGGGCUCUACCUCCUCGAGGAAGUCGAAAUAAAAUGCAACAUCACACUAAUGGCGUUUGUGAAAAGCCAGCUGAAAGCAGCGUCGAAGGUUCUGGUUGAUCGCCUGAUUAAAAAGGCCGAGCUUCUCGAUGCAGGUGUUUUGCAGGCAAUGUUCGAGGAUGGGACAUUGAGGACUUUCAACCCGGCUGACCGGACGCAGUAUCCUAUGCAGCCUCCGAUGUCGCCUACUUUGCCUCAUUCGCCGACUGGGUCUUCGAGGUGGGGGGGUUCUAUUUCUUCUUCUGGACACACGAAUUCGAUUGCGCCAUCGUAUGGGACGGAGUAUAGGAGGAGUCUUAAUGAGGCUGUGGAAUUACCAGAUACUUCAGCGGUUAAUCGGGGUUUGCCUUUCACGCGAUUUGAUAAGGGAUUUCCAACUGAGUUGCCAGCUAUGGAGGAGGUUCAGAGAGAUUACAAGUGA